AUGAACCCCAAACCACCCACCGCCCUCAUCACAGGAUGCAGAAGCGGCAUCGGCAAACACCUAGCACUAGCCUUCGCCGCCCACGGCAUCACCGUCCUCGCAACCGCCCGACAAGCCUCCCACCUCAGCGCCCUAUGCGCCCAAAACGAAAACAUCCACCCCCUACCCCUCGACCUCGACGACCCAAAAAGCAUAGACCUCCUAGCAAAGGACGUUGAAGCCCUGACGGGCGGCCACCUAGACUAUCUGGUCAACAACGCUGGUCUGCACUACGCAGCAACAGCGAUGGAUCUGGACAUCCAAGAGGUUGCAAAGGUGUUUGGCGUGAAUGUCUUUUCUGUGAUGCGUCUCUGCCAGGUCUUCAUGCCGCUUCUCAGAAAUGCGCGGGGGACUAUUGUGCAAAUUGGAAGUGUGACGCGAGAUGUACCCGUUGUAUGGCAGGGUGCGUAUAAUGCGUCCAAAGCUGCACUUAGUCAGUACACGAGGACUCUCCGACUGGAAGUGAAGCCGUUUGGCGUAAACGUCGUUGAAGUAGUUACGGGGUUCGUGCAAAGCGAUAUCCUGCGUCAUGGGUUCUACGCUCCGGAUACGAGUCUCUAUCUACCUAUAAAGGAACGGAUGGAGGAGAUUAAAUUCCGGGGGAAUCGGAAUGGGAUGCCCGCGCAUGAGUAUGCUGAAGCUAUUGUGCGAAGGUUGGUUACUAGACGGGCUGGUUCGGAAAUUUGGCAAGGCGGACGGGCAUUUUGGUUGCGUGUUAUGCUGAUGGUCCUUCCGCGAUGGUUACUGGAUUUGUUCUUCUAUCGUCAUUUCGGGCUUGAUCGUUUGAAAAGUGUUCGAUAA